AUGAGCGACAAAACCAAGGACGGGAAGAAAGCCCACACGGAAGACGAGAAGGACAAGGAGUUUGAAGAGAAAAUAAAACAACUAACCGUGGACGAGCGAGUGAAGAACGCCCUGAACCUUAAGCUCGAGGGGAACGAUGAAUUUAAAAAAAAAAAAUACGAAGAAGCCAUAAGCAAGUACAAUGAAGGGUUGAAAUACAUACACAAGUUAGAAAAGAAGAAUGAGAAAAUGAUCGAACUGGAGAUAGCCUUUUAUCAAAACAUGAGCAUAUGCUAUUCCAACGUAGAGAAUUACAACCAAGCGUAUGAGUACGUAAAAAAAGUGCUACAGCUGGAUAAGGACAACGCCAAAGGAUUGUUCAGACUAGGACAAAUUGAAUUCAAUCGGUGCAACUUUGACGUCGCAAAGGAGAAGAUACAAGAUUUUAUUAAGGCACACCCAGAGAAUAUGGAAGCCAAGAAGCUCCUUAAAAAUAUACUCAUCAAACAAAACGAACACAACAAAAAGCAGAAGGAGGCCUUCUCCAAAAUCUUUCAAAAAGCCUCUGGACUGUACGAUGACAGAGAGAAGGAAAUACAGAGAAAGAAGAAGGAAAAAUAUGAGAAUUACCUAAAAUCGUGUGCUGAGAAGAACGAAAAAAUUGUAGACUUCGAGGAGUGGGAAGUUAUGGAGAGGGAGAAGGAGAUUGAGGAGCAGAAGAAAAAGCAGGAGGAGCAAAAGGAGAAAGAGAAGAAAGAGAAGGAGCAAAAGCAGUCGGAGAAGCAGAGCAAAGCGGAGAAGAAAAAGUCCAAGCAUAACGAUAAUGUGAAAAAAAAAAAAAGUGGCUCACUCACAUCCAAUACGACAAAUAGCUCGUCCUGCUUAGACAUAGACGAGGAAGACCAAAAAAUAAUCGACGAAACGAAGAAAAUGGGUUAUUGCUAUUUUAGGAAAGACAUAAAAGAAGAUGAUAAAAAAUUCUUCGAAAAAAAUAUGCCUCAAAAAAUAGAAAACGUUAUUACUGAUGAUCAUAAUUUGUAUAAAACUGAAAAUAAAGCCAUCUCCUCUUGGAACGCCGCCGGCACUACAUAUGAAGAGAAGGACAUGAGCAAAUGGGCAAAGCAAAAGUUAGAACAAUGUCUCAAGAAUAUCCACUUUAAAAAUACAGAAAAAUCAGAUUUCCUCAAUUUAAAUAACCAGAACGAGUAUAACUUGUUGAAUGCAGAUUACCCCGAAGUUUUACCAAUUCAAUAUUUAUACAAAAUAGAAUUAAAAGAUAUAAAAGAUCUGAAUGUGGAUGCACAGAUCGUUGUCAUAAGGGGCACAAAGAGACACAUCUUCGAGCUCUCAUGCAAUUUAUACAUAACGCUAAAUAUCAAUAUAACUGAAUUUCACAUACAUAAAAUUAUCGUCCAGAUAGGUGAACUGUCUAGCGAGUUAGAGGCUGGAAAAACAUGGAGAGACUAUAUAACUGUGAAGAAGAACGAUAAAUUAAAAGUUCCAGAUAAACUGUUCAACAAUAUAUAUGAGUUCAUAAUUGAGAAGGUGGAGAACCAGGUAAAGUACUUCACAGAGGAGUACAGUAAGAUGUGA